AUGGGAUGGAGAGGGAUUCUGGGAUUUGAGUACGGAAUAGUCCAGGCACCACUGGGACCGGAUAUUUCAGGCCCGGAGCUUGUAGCCGCCGUUGCUAAUGCCGGCGGCCUUGGGUUCCUCAGAUCCCCUGAUUGGGAAGAUCCAGAGCAUGUAAAGAAUCUAAUUAGGAAGACCAGGAGCUUGACGGACAAACCGUUUGGAGUCGGUGUUGUUCUUGCCUUCCCCCACAAGGAAAACAUUAGGGCAAUUCUGGAGGAAAAAGUUGCAAUCUUGCAGCUCUAUUGGGGUGAAUGCUCAAAUGAAACUGUGGAACAAGCCCACGAAGCAGGGGUCAAAGUUGUACCACAAGUAUGUAUCAAAAACCUUAAUCAGUCCUUAAUAAUGCUCUAUCAAAUUCUGGCAUUUUGUAAUUGGUAG